AUGGCCGAGAACAAUGACAAUGUUCCUCCUGUGGAAAAGUUCGGCGAUACUGCCAGAUCGGGAGUUGAUGACCCGGGAAAUUUUGCCUAUGCUACGGAUAACAUAAGCAUCCCACAUCACUACAUCAGCUUGGUGAAUGGUGGCACCUUGUUCCAUGGUCGUGAAGACGAAGAGCCCAUUAGCCACCUCAAUGCAUUCUAUGAGUUGACCAUGAACCAUAGACCUGCGAAUGUGCCACAUGAUAAUAUCAAGAGAGCUCGCUUUCCUUUUUCGUUGAAAUCCAAGUUUCUCCUGGAAUAUAAUUCACCAAUAAAGAUCGAGAAUGCCAUCACAUCUUUUCGGCAGCAAGAUGAUGAAUCUUUUGCUGAAGCAUGGAAAAGGUUUACUGAGAUGUUGAGAAAGUGUCCCAGCCAUGGUCUUGCUCCUGGCCGCGAUCUUGUCAAAUUUUACCAAGGCUUAAACAAUGAAAGCAUGGGACUUAUAAAUGCAAGUACUGGUGGAGAUCUUGAUAAUAAGACACACAAGGAAGUGAGGACCUUGUUUCAAAAACUAGCAGAUAAUCAAAGAAACUGGUACAAUACAAGGAGAGGGGCUGAGAAGAAAGGAAAUACCUUCGGAGCUUCAGUAGAAUCUGAAAGAAUGACAGCGGUUGAGGCACAACUAGCUAAUAUUAGCACUCAAAUGUCAUCGGUGUUUAAAGCAGUAUCUUCCAUGCAGCUGAACCCACACCCUCAAGUUGUUGCAAUGGUUAAAUGUGGACUGUGCCAAGGUGGGCAUCACACAGAUCAAUGUCAAAUGAUCCAAUCCCAAGAAACAGUUGAAGAUGUGAAUUACAUAGGCAAUAACCGCCAAGGUUUUAGCCAAGGGGGUCAAUUCAAUAAUAAUCAUCAGAACUGGAAGCCUCAACAACAAGGGAAUUGGAACCAAGCUGGGUCAAGUAACAAUGGUGGGAACCAAUGGCGAAACAACUCCCAACCCCCUGGUUUUGAUAAGAAACCUUCACUAGAAGAUCAGAUGGGACAGAUAUUCGUUUUCAUGUCAAAGAGUAAAAAAGAGAAUGAUUUCUUCAAAGAGAAAACAGUUGAGAAGUUUGGACAGCUCGAGGCUUCUAUGAGGAAUAUGGAAACACAAAUAGGGCAGCUUGCUACAGCUUCUCAUACAAGAACUCCCGGCACCAUUCCAAGUGAUACAGUGCCCAACCCCAAGGGAAAUGAAUAUUGCAAAGCAGUCACCCUAAGAAGCGGAAGAAAUUUGGAUUCAAUGCCUUUAAUGGACGACCAAGACAUCUCAUUGGUGGAUCUUUUCACCAAUUUCCCGAGAUUCUCCAAGUUCUUCAAAGACGUGAUAGCAAACAAGGAGAAACUUCAGGAUGAGGGGAUUGUGGCAUUGAGCACGAAUUGCUCACAGCUGAUAUCUGGAAUCGUGCCGACGAAGAGAAGAGAUCUAGGAGGUUGCGUCAUACGAUGCGAAAUUGGUAACACGAUUUUCACAAAGUGUUUAUUGGACCAAGGUUCAGGGAUCUCACUGAUAGCAUUGAAAACUGCUCGUGCUAUUGGUUUGGAGGAAAGAAUGGAGCCUAUCGACAUCGCUCUACAAUUGGCUGAUCACUCCAUAGUGAAGCCCACUGGAAUUGUUGAGGAUGUCUUGGUUAAAAUCGAUAAGUUCAUCAUUCCCGUUGAUUUUAUUGUGCUCGACAUGCCAGAAGAUAAAAAAGUGCCAAUUUUAUUUGGUAGACCAUUUCUAGCAACGGGAGAUGUAUUGCUUGGAGCAAAGGAUAACUCUGUUACAUUCAGAGUUAAUGGUGAGCAACUGAUUAUCAAUGUUGAGAAGGUGAUGAAACAUCCUAUUGAUGCAAAUGCAUGUUUUCGAGUUGAUGUCUUAGACAGAUGCAUCUUUGAUAAGUCGUGA